AUGGUUAUAAAUCCCCUGUUGCAGGAAUUUCUUGAAGGUUAUAAGUCCCCUGUUGCUGACGGAGAUGAAGCUGAUCCUCUGGAGAUGCGUAUUGUAGAUGCAGCUCAUGCCGUUGAAGAUAUUAUCGAAUCAUAUAUUGUGAACGUGAUUGAACUGGAACUUUUCGAAUGCUGUGACUCCUUUUCUGACUACAACGAUGUAGCAGAUCUGUUGGAGAUGCCUUUUGCAGAAAAUUCUAGAGAGGAAGUCUGUUGUGACUCGUCUUCUGACUACAGUGAUGAAGCAGAUCCGUUGGAGAUGCCUAUUGCAGAAAAUUCUGGAGAGGAAGUCAGUUGUGACUCCUCUUCUGACUACAGUGAUGAAGCAGAUCCGUUGGAGAUGCCUAUUGCAGAAAAUUCUAGAGAGGAAAUAUUUCUCCAAGGCUAUGUUGUAGAUGCAGCUCAUGCGGCUGAAGAAGUGAAUUCUAGAGAGGAAGUCAGUUGCAUCAACUUCUAUCAAGAUCUACAGCAAGUGAUAGAAGAAAUGAAUGUGAUCAAGAAGGAAGCCAUGGAGACUUCAGCUGAAGCUCAGCUGCAGAGAAAGGUCUCCUCGACUCAUGCUGGCUCCUUGACAUCCUCUUCCAAUGUGAAGGAAAGCAAGAUGGUGGGCUUUGAUGACGUGCAACUUCAACUCUUGGAUUGGCUCACGGGAGGGAACCGUAACCGCCAAAUCAUCCCAAUCACAGGGAUGGGCGGGAUUGGUAAGACCACUCUUGCCCGACAUAUAUUUGAGCAUGCCCUUGUUAAGCAACAUUUUGAUAUUCGUGCAUGGACUACAAUUUCUCAAACUUAUAAUGUUAGAGAAACACUUAGUCAAGUUCUUAAACAAGUGAGCGGAGAUUCGAGGGAUGACUUGAGUGACGAGAACGAGUUGGGAGAAAAAUUGUACAAGUAUUUAUGGGGUAGGAGGUAUAUCAUAAUAUUGGAUGAUAUGUGGAGUGUAGAGGUGUGGUACAAGAUGAGGUUUUUCUUUCCCGAUUACAAUGAUGGGAGUCGAGUAAUCGUAACGACUAGGCUGUCAAACUUGGCUGCCGAGUUGGCAGACUCUAACCGCAUUGGUAUGAGAUUUUUAGAUAAUGUUUGUAGCUGGAGUUUGUUCUCCAAAACUGUGUUUGGGGAUGAGGGUUUUCCUCUUCAUCUCGAGGAAUUCGGAAAGAAAAUCGUGGGGAAGUGUAAGGGACUUCCCUUGUCGAUUGCUGUGAUUGGGGGUCUUUUGGCAAAGUCCGAACUUAAACUGGAAUAUUGGGAGGGCAUAGAGAAAAACUUAAGCUCAAUAGUGAAUUCGGAAAAUGAUGAAUAUUGCUUGAGAGUAUUGAAUCUGAGCUAUGACCAUUUGCCUGCCUAUCUGAAGCCUUGUUUUUUGUACAUGGGGAUGUUUGGGGAAGAUGAGGAAAUUAGGGUUGCAGAACUCAUGAGGUUAUGGGUUUCUGAAGGCUUUCUCAAACCAAUAAUCAAUAAAAGCUCGAAAACAAUUGCCAAGGAGUAUUUGAAGGAGCUACUCGAUAGAAACCUCAUUCUAGUUCAUAAGUUGGGGAAAGUUGGGAAUAUAAAGUACUGCAAAAUGCAUGAUUUAGUGAGAGAUCUAUCAUUUCAAGAAGCUGAAAAACAAAGGUUUUAUUAUGUCUUAGGGCAACAUUGUCCUCGAGGGAUAAAUAGCCAACGCUGCAUUGUUAUUCCCAGAAGCACUUCAGAAACGACAAUCAGGGAUGCCAUGGAAACUAUGUCACGUGCUCGUUCUUUCAUAUGUGAUGGUGAUACGGUUCCAGAAUUGCUAGAUUUCAGAUUUUUGAGGACAAUAUUGACUACAAAUUUUCGUUCCUGAGAGUAUUUAGAACAA